AUGGCGGCGUCAAGAUAUAACACUCUGCCGGCCGGCCAGGCUGAUGACGACACGCCUGAUCAACACGGCCAGCGCCCGCCGUUUUCCCCAGAUUCCUUCGCCUCGCGCCUCUCGCCAACGUCGCAGUCCACCUCGACCAGCCUGGCCUCGCCCACCCAGUCGCCCAAUCCCAUGGCUCAUGCGAGCUUGGCCGAAAAGACGUUUACUCCCCUCUCCAUGAACGAAAGCGAUUACCUGUCGGACCACUCGGCCACCGACCGCCUGCUGAGAAAAAAGUCGUCCUUCUCCCUCGAACACGAAUCGAUGCUGAGCACCUCCAACACUUCCAGAGGCGAAACGUUUCUGCAGGUGGGCAGUGCCAUUGGCAGAAGCAACAGUGUCAGCAGCACGUCCAGUGCCACGGCAGCUGGCCGGGGCGUGACGGUUGUCAGCUCCAUGGUCCAAUCGUUUGAAGCCCUGCACGCAGCAGUGGUUGAGAAAGAACGAGAACUGGCGGCCAAAAAGAGCAGUGCCAGUCUUCGCCCGUCUCUCGGUCCGGUGUCAAGGACAACAUCGCCGGCUCCAAAUGCAGACCUGACAGACGCAAGCCAGCACCAGCACCAGCACCAGCACCAGCAACACCUGGGGUCCAGUCUUGGCGGAGCUGUUGGCGCCACCGAUACGACCAUCGUGCCGCAGACAACCGACCCCCCAGCGCAAAAUGCGAAGGCCGCCCCUGAGUCCCCGAUCCGCUCCCCGAUUUCAGUGACGGCCCAGACGCCCCUGAUCCGACCGACUCCCACGACAAUUCCUUCUCCCACCACCUCGAUUGAAUCGCCAUUGCCCCGAACCUCUUCCACCGCGAGCAUCAGCCUGACACACCCCACCCCAGACCUCAACAAGCGAUCGCAGUCGGGCGCCUACCUCGGCAACAUUGCCGCCCUCGAAGCCACGGCCGAGCGCCUGUCCAUGACCAGUUCCAUCGAAGUCGCCAUUCGCGAAGAGCACAACGAGCUCAAGCGGUCCGAGAGUCGGAAGUCGUCGAUUCUUCAACGUGCGAGGGGUACCUCAGCCGGCUCCGAUUCUGGUUCGGCAUUGCAUCUCGGAAGCAGAAAGAACUCGGUGGUGGAAACGAACAACGCAGCCCGUUUUGGCGGUUAUGUCAUGAGUCCCCAACAUUCCUUGUCUGGCGCGUCGGCCCGUCUCCGCUCUGGCAGCAAGGCCAGCUCCAGUGGCUUGCCAGCUCCGGAGUCCGUUGCGCUUUCGUCUAGCCUGGAGAACGGCGAAGACUUUCCAUUCAUGUCUCGGAGUGGACCAGGAAAAGCGUCAACGAGAAGUGCGGCCAGCAAGCUGUCCCUUGCCGAGAUUGCCGAACUGGAACACCCAACAGCCCUGACGCGGGAUGCCAUGGACCGAGCCGACCUGGGAGUGCCGGACAACGACGAGGAGGAGGAGAGGCGCAUACUAGCGAGUGCCCACCAAUAUAUUGAGCCAGAGUUCGCCGAUGAGGGGGAAGGGGCGCGCACACCUCAGAAUGAGAACCAAACCUUUCUGGAUGAUCCCGCCCCGCGGCUGCAGCUCCACCAUCCCGACCAGUACUCGCAGUAUUGGGACCAGAAUAAUGACCAGGCGAGAAGACCAACGACGGCCGCUUCCGUUACCACGUUUGAUCAAGCUCAGACAGCGUUUGGUGACUUUGACGGCGUCCACUGUGACCCCGAAGCCGACCAGUUUGUGCCUCACCAGGAGCCUGAGCUGCCUCCGCCUCGGUCACAACAGCAACCGCAGCACCAUGGCAUCAACAAUUCGUUGGGGCCCCGCCCGACAUCAUACUUUGACCCAUCUACCGGGCAGCAAAUGCUCUACUACCCAGCUCCGGUCCCCGCCAUGCUCAAUCUGCCACCAAAGUUGUCCAAAAAGCCCAAGGCGGGACCCAGAACCGCGAGGCGGUCCCAGGUCAUGAGUGCGAUGCCGAUGGUGACAACGCGGGAAUCACGGGUGUGGCUUCCUGAUCCGACUCAUACUGUGGGCGGAGGUAGCCAGCACAACGUGCCCCUCAUGCCGGAGCUCCUCGGCGGAGAUUACGCUCCCCAGACAUCAAAUGCCGACGAGCUGGCGCCACCACAAGCGCCCGCCCUUGCUUCGGGCCACUCCAGGCACGCGUCCGAGGCGAGCACCAUCCAUCCGGCUGCUCCUGUUGUGGAAGAGCAACGAGAAUUCCGUCGUCCUCAACGUUUGACCGACAACCGCAAAUCCCGGGCGACUGUAUUGGACGGCUUGCCACCGCAGCUCCGUGCAAGUGCCUUUUUCGAGCUGCCCUCUACCCAUCUCCCCAAGAUUGAGGUCAAGGACGGAUCUGCCAUGGCGACGCUCGACAGCAUCCUCGACGCCUCGGCCGCUGCGCCCGUCAGCGCUUUUACCGACCACGCCUUUGCCGGGGCCUUGGGUGAUGAGGUGUAUGGGACUGAGAAGAAGCGCAAAUCAAAGAAGCCGCCCAAGAAGUCCGACGCAGAGCCUGUGGAGGAGGAGGUGGUGGCCAAGCCAAAACGAAAGACGCUUGUCAAGAGGAACUCGAGCUCGGCUCUACUUGACUACGACAACGAACCGAAGAAGAGAUCUAGUCGGUUUUCCCUUUUCCCGAGCAGAGGCGAUGACGACGACAGCGAUGACGAUGACGAGCGGAUCAGACGAAAUGGUGAUCGUUCACCCGGCGAUGGCCCUCUGCAGUCUCCCAACCCCCUCGCCCCGGGUGCCGACGAAGAGUCCAGUGAACAAUCCAGCGACGAGUCUAGUGAGAACGAAAGGUCUGUCUACAGAGGCCCGCCCACGACGCUGCUCGCAGAGUUGCAGAUCCGGAAGCGCCAGAAUCAGCAGCGAGUCAAGGACGGCACCCGGCUUCCCCGCGGCCAGCACGGCACCACUCUUCUUGAACUGGACGCUGUUGCUCAGGUGGAACAGAAGACCAGGAAGGGCAAGCGUGUUAAUCUCGCCUGGGAAGACCCAAGCGCCAACCCGUAUCAAGGCUCCGACAUGGACGACGAGGACGUGCCGCUGGGCAUGCUGGCGCUUGCCAAGGCCACUGGUGACGGAACCAACAGGUCAACCAUGGACAUUGGCGCUCUCAUGAGCGAGGUGAAUCGUCCCCUUGGCUUGAUGGAGCGCCGGGAAAUCGAAGACAACGAGCCCCUCAGUCGCCGCCGCGAGAGGUUGCAGGGCAGAGACAGCGGCCAUGUUCCGUUGUCUCUGGACCUUAUUCAGAAGCGAAUGAGCCACAUGCCGCUCACACAAACAAACGGCGCUCCCAUUGGGUUGAUGGGUAUGCGAUCCCAGUCGAGACUCAAUCUUCAGCUUCCCCAAGAAGAACGACCAGUCUCCAUGAUGGGCGCCAACGCAGACGAGAGUGAUCCCGAGGUGGAGGGGGAGACGCUGGCUGCCCGCAAAGCACGACUGGCAGCCGAAAACCCCUUGCCGCGCACCCGUCCUGUCAGCGGCAUGUUCUCGGCCGAGCUUCUCAGCCAGUUUGGCGGCGCCGACGAGGAGGCUGCCGACGCCAAGAGCAAAGAAGUGAGCAAUGAGGCUGCCGCGGUGGUGGAUGUGCCCGAGGAAGAAGAGACGUUGGGCCAGCGAAGACGCAGACUACAAGCCGAGAGGGAGGCACGGGAGCGCGAGAUGGCUGCUGGAGGCGGCAUAUAUCCACCUCGUGCUGCUACGCCCGUUGGACUUUUCCCAGGCGUGAGCGGCCUGCAAGCCAACCCUCAAGCCCGCCCGCUCUCCAUGGCCAACAUGCUUGGUGCUCAUCCCAUCGAUACCCCCAUGGGUCACAUGAACCCCCUCGAGCAAGCGCGCCUGAACCGGGAGGCCGAAGUAAUGAGGGUGCAGCAGGAGCAAGAACUCCGAAUGGCAGCGCUCCGAGCUCAGAUGCCCACAAGUCUGGUUGCCGUCUCGUCCGGGGGCAGGAGUGGCGGAUACAUGAAUGGCAUGUUCAACAACGGAAUGGGGGGGCACGCUGUGGGCCAGGCCGGCGCUGCUGGGAUGAGCCUAGGCUACGGCAACGGCAGCAACCUGAGCUUGCUGACGCCGCAACAACCAAUGAUGCAUGGUGGUGGCAUUCCGAUGAAUGGUGUUUAUGGUGGUGGAUACGGGAUGCAAGUACCUGGCCAAGUGGGCCAAGUGGGACAGGUUGAUAUGGUGGAGCGCUGGCGGCAGAGCGUGUUGCCGUGA